CAAUUGCCUGUUGGAACUUAUUUACAUAUCGAUUGACUGCAGGUGCAGCUGUAUAUUUGUGUAUUAAGUUGUUGAUAUAGGCGAGCACUUGUCUUGGGAUAUUUCAUUUGGACGUAAGUAGCAGAACCCAGCCAGUUAAAAGCAUCUUGAUCAAGUAAAACCAGCGGUUCUUUCUUUCUUUCUGAUUGUGCUCAGACUGUUCUAAAGUUUUAAGAUGAAAAUCUGUUUCGCGCUGAGUGCUCUGCUAUGUGUGGUCAUAUUUGAAUUGACCAAUGGUCAAGAGGCCAAACCCAUCAUCAGAACUAGCAAUUGUGAGAAUAAUGGUGUAGAAUAUAAGGCAGGAGAGGUCUACUACCCAGAUCCAUGCGAGCUAUGCAAGUGUGUGGUGGAAAAGUCUUCCAUCUGCUACAAGAUCAAGUGUAACGACACCAUCGUCUGUCCGGACAACAAGGAGGCCUAUCUGCCUGAAGGGGAGUGUUGCAAGAAGUGUCCCAUCUCUAUCCACCCUGGGGAUGUUGUCGAGGGGGCACAGCUUGCAGCAAAUGCUGAUGCUGGUGCUGCUGUAGCUGACGACGCCGCAGCUAAUGCCGCAGUCGGGCCUACAGACGACUCCGCAGCCAAUGCCGCCGCUGGAGUAGCAGACACCGCCGGAUUGAACGCAGCAGUAGCCAGUGAUGACCUUGCCAGCGGUAUCGCGGUGCAGCCCAUGCAGCGCCCUGGAGACGAAGAGAGCGCCCAGAGUGCGUCUAGAACUGAGAGAGCUGCACCAACCGUGGAGGGCGCUGACAACAGGUCCCAGAACAUGACAGUCCAAGUGAAUAUGUAGGGCGCCGAAUAGGUAGGGCGCCGAAACCCGCGGUACCAAACACCUUGAGAUUAACUUGGAGAAGUGUUUAGAUGGUGAUGUAUUUUAUGAAGUUUUGAUGGAUUAAGGGCAACAAAUUAACACAUUUUAGCACUGAUUAAAAUUGCUCUGUUGAUAUUGUAUACGGUCGUAAAAUUCGAUUUCGUAACCAAUUUAUUUCCUAUUUGUUCAGUCAAUAUUCAAGCACUAGCUUAAUUAUUUAAAAUACAAUUUAAAUAAAAACAAAACAUAUUGAAAUAUUUUCUAAAAGUUUUAAGAAAAUCAGUUUAACAUUAUAAGCUGUGCACAUCUGCUAAAUACACUAUUCUAAAAGUAUCCAAAAACCUCGACCGACUGUCUUGAUUGUUUUAUUUGGAAACCAGAUCUAAUAUAGUG